AAACAAAAAUGUGCGCAACUAUGCAAAUAAAUUAAUAAGCCAAAGUCAUUACCAAAUUAAAUCGAGACACGCAAAAGCUGAAGGGGGGGGGUAGAGCGAAGAAUAGAAACAGGAAUAGCGAGGACCUUGUGAAGUGCGUCGCGUCGGGUCGAGUGUGGAAAGUCAAGAGGUCCUGACUUGGUGUAUCGGAGCUUGCUUUGAGGUUAACUCGUCCGUUUUCCGUCGUUCCCGUCCUCGUCCUCGUCCUCGUCCUCGUCUUCGUCCUCGUCCGCGUCGUCAUCGCCGCCAAAGGCAUCGAAGCGAUGCUUGCCUCAUUAGCGACUUAGCGGACAAAAUGCCCUCGCUGCCUAGGUAAGGGAACAGGAAGCCACAACCCAAAAAAAACCACGCAGGGCCCCAAUGAGUUUGCAUGGACACAUGUUAGAUGCAUCAGAGCCCAGCGAAUUCAGUUAAUGAGUUGCCUUUUACGAGCGAAUGGAAAUGAAAAUUGAUAUUAUGCUCAGCCUGAAGCUAUAAAUAAACGCAACAAAUUAAAAUUAAUAAGAAACCCAAGCUUCAAGUAUAUAGCAACAACAACAACAACUAGCAUCAGCAUCAGGCAGCUUUCGCAUUAACAUUUUGAUUACACAACCAUGGCCUCACCGCCGGAAAGCCCCAUCGAGGAGGUGGUCUAUGAGUUGGAACACACACGCGUGCCUAAGCCCAUACCGGUCGCUCUCGAAGAUUUGUGCCGCCAGACGAAGUUCACCAAGCAGGAAAUCCGCGUCAUGUACAGAGGAUUUAAAACGGAAUGUCCCGAGGGUGUGGUGCACGAGGAUUGUUUUAAGGAUAUUUACGCCAAAUUCUUUCCACAUGGCAAUUCCAGUUUAUAUGCUCAUUAUGUGUUCAAAGCCUUCGAUGUUAAUUGCAACGGCGCCAUUAGUUUUCGGGACUUACUUGUCACCUUAUCCACUCUGUUGCGUGGCUCCGUUUACGAGCGUCUGCGCUGGACCUUCAAGCUUUACGACCUCAAUGGAGAUGGUCGCAUCAGUCGCGGCGAGCUGAGCGAAAUAGUUUUGGCCAUACACGAGCUUAUGGGCAGGAGACCCCAUCAACCCGAGGAAGAUCGCAAGGCGAGAGAUCAGGUGGAUCGAGUUUUUCGCAAAUUGGAUUUAAAUCAGGAUGGCAUCAUAACGAUAGAAGAGUUUCUUGAGGCAUGCCUCAAGGAUGAUUUGGUAACGCGUUCAUUGCAAAUGUUUGACAAUGACCUUUGAUGACAAGCGGAGGAGCCCGAGAUACGCAAUACAAGGACUAUAAUACCGCUUAUAGACCUAUAAAUAACCCAACAUAUGUUGCGCGAGUUUUAAUAAACCAAUUCCGAAAAUCCAGACAGCCACAUUAAUAAUUGUUCAGCGGUCAGAAAACAACAUUUCAACAAUGAUAUAAAUGAAGAAACCACAUACUAGUAUUUAACGUUAUUUUAGGCUACAAAAACUACAAAAAUAAUAUUGAGACAAAAAGAAAUAUUAUAAUAAUAAACCAAAGAUAAAUUUAAAAUUUAUAAGUGUGUAAUUGUACAAGUACUUAAAACAAGAUGCUAAUGGAAAACGAAUUAAUACAAUUAAUAAUAAAUGUCGGUUUUUAAGCAUAUUAUGAAUUUAAAUCCUGCCGUCAAGAGCGUAUUGGUCUUAUAUUUACUUGAUAAAUGUAUAUGAAUAUAUAUAAAAAAAAACAAAAACAACACUUUAUUUAAUAAUAUUAACUGAGCAAACCACUAAACUAAACCACCAACUAAAGUGAAUAACGAAUAAAUUUGAAACAGGAAUUGGAUAGAAAUGCGACACGAUUUACUUUACACGAAAUAACAUUAAAAACAACAACAAUUUAUACACAUUCAAGUAUUUGCAGGCGAAACAAUAAACGAUUGCGUGCAAAAUUAAUUACUUGCCUCGACAAAUUGCAUUCAAUUUUGUGCAAUUGUUAAGUUUCAACAAUAAAAACGCGGCUCUUUUAUUUAUUUAACAAUGUCCCAGCAAUUCAUAUGUCAUAUGCAUUAAUUGAUAUUCCAAGAGAAUUGAAAUACUCGAGCAGGAUUAAGUUAAUUUUUUGCUUUUUUUCAUCAGCCAAAUGCUUGAAAUAUUUGUAAAAACUAUUUCUGAAUGCAAAGCAACCACCGAUAAAUUACCAGUUGACAAUUGAAACGACCUUUAUUAAUUAUGGAGAGCCCAAUGCUCAACAUGAGUUUUCAAUUAAAUCUUAAUUACUUUAAUUCAUUAUUCAGCACGCGUGCAUAAAUUAAGAACAAAAACACAAAUCCAUUAAAUACAGCUAAAGCCUAAGGCCUGCGCAACAU